CUUCCUCGUCCGCCAUUUUGCUAUCAAUUAAUACAGAAUUUGGGAUCAUUUAAGACGGUGCAAGAAGUGCAAGAUACACAUUAACACAGGAGGAGAUUCUCACUGAUAUGUGAAAGAAUAAAAGUCAACAAUGACGGACAGAAAAUUGUGUUCUGGAUGUUUACGAGAUGACGAAGAAAACGAGGCUGAAGCAUGGUGCAAUAACUGCUUAGAAGAAGUUUGUAAGGCGUGUGCAAAGGUACACAGAAGAUUUAAUCCGCCACAUAAAGUUAUACCCCUUCAUCAAGUCAGUAAUCUUAGUUCUUCUAUUCUGAAAAUCAGUAAAGACUGCGAUGUCCAUACCGACCAAAGGACCGUUCUGUACUGCACUCAGCAUGAUAAGGUCAUCUGUGAUCUAUGUCUGUCCGACACUCAUAAACACUGCGAAUCUAUCAUUUCUAUAGAUCGAGCAGCAAAAGGCGUUAAUUGUGGAACCGCCCUAGCUGAUCUAAAGAGUAGAAUGAAACACUUGAGCAAAAUGUUCAAUGAAGUGUUGAUAUGUCAAACUAAAGAUGAAAAAUUGUUCGACAGGCAAAAAGAUAAUAUCCUCCAACAGAUUUCUUCCACUAGACAGCAGAUGAACAAUCGUCUAGAUAAAAUUGAAAAGGAAACCAUAGAUGAACUGAAUAAACAGUACAACACAACUAAACAAAAAAUGUAUGAGGCGAAACGUAAAACACAGAGACGACAAGAGGCAGUAGCGACAUGGAUAAACGAAUUAUCAUCGAUAGAAAGCAUCAGUAACGAAGUACUUUUAUUUCAGACAAUCAAAGUAAUGGAUAAUAAAACACACAUAGAAGAAACCAAUAUUUGCGAGCUGAGUAAGCAAAACAAAAUAGAAUUUGAUUCAUUUGAUACAAACGAUCUUCCGAUGGUACUUAAGUCGAUGGGAAAGAUUUCACUUACAGAAAAUCAAAUGCAUAUACCCGAAUUACAGCACAAUUUACAACAAGUACAAGUACCAAGAAAAUCAACGGAAGAUGAGUCUGGCAAAAUACAACGAACUUAUUCGUUUCUAACAGAAGUAUUAGGAUCAGAUGUUAGAAUAAGUAACGGUUGUUUUGUGUCCGGAAAGAGACUUCUAUUGUCACAUUAUAACUCACUACACAUCUAUGUAUGUGGAUAUGACGGGAAUGAUGUACACCAGAUAAAAUUGAAACAUAAAUCACGGGACGUCGCCAUAAUCGACAAUAAACGGGCAAUAGUUUCUUCAGCCAAUGAAGGAUUCCAGAUCUUAGAUCUGACAACACUUACCAUAGGGAGAUGCAUCAAACCUGGAAGAAAAGGAUGCUAUGCUGUGACAUGUAGUAAUGGUCAGAUAUGGACGUCUAAUGGAGGCACAACUAUUAGUCAGAUUGAUAUCAGUGGUAAUAUACUACGUAGUAUAACAACAAAGAAUGAAAUACGGGACUUUUGUAUAGACAACGAUAGCAACAUUUACUAUACUGAACGGUCUUUCAGCGACAGUAACGUAUACCGUAUAACACCUGACAGACAAGAGAGUAUAUUCUGUAGUCAUUCUGAUCUCAAUCGCCCCAGGGGUAUCGAUGUAGAUGACAAGGGCAAUGUUUAUGUGGGUGGAAUGAUGUCUGACAAUAUACACAGAAUAUCAUCUGAUGGAAAGGAUCGUCAAAUCAUACUGACAAAGGAGGAUGGAAUAAAUUAUUCAUGGGAUUUAUGUUACAACAGGGAAAAUAAACAACUCUUUGUUGUAAACGAUAAUACGAAAAGUGUCGCCAUAUAUAGUUUACCUUAGGUUUAGUUUCAAUGCACAGGAUUUAAUUACACGUACUUUAUAAUAAUUAAUCAU